AAUGGGCUCAUGGUGGCCUGCUUCAAGGGCUUUGUGGACAUCGUGACCCUGCUGAGCAAAUGCCCCUAUGUAGACAUCAAUCACCAGGAUAACGACGGGAACACGGCCCUCAUGAUCGCUGCCCAAGCAGGACACGUCACGAUAGUUAACUAUCUCCUGAACUACUACCCCAUGCUGGAGAUCGAGAAGAGGGACGUGCGGGGCCUGACAGCGCUCAUGAAGGCGGCAGUGCAGGGGCGGAAGGAGUGCGUCACCGCACUGCUCCUGGCAGGAGCUGACCUGACAGCGGUGGAUCCUGUCCGGGGGAAGACAGCCCGGGAGUGGGCAGGUCUGACUGGGCGCUUCGAGACCAUUGUGCAGAUCCGCAGCAUCCUGCAGCGACCCCGAGCCGAGCAGUUCAGUGACCAGUACCGGCCCGAGUGGCCGGCGCUGCCCGAGUUGGUGGCCAAGGCGCUGGCCACUAAAUCCAGGUGCAAGAGGCUGUUGGAGAAGAUCUGCUCCAUCUUCAGCAUCAACCUCCCGCAUGACCCCGAGGCGGACGGGGUGAUGGACCACAUGGUCCGGAUGACCACAUGCCUGGCCAGCCCCUUUGUGGCUACGGCCUGCCAAACCAUCUGCCCCAGGAGCCCCCCCGAGGUGGGCAAGCAGAGGCUGUCAGUGCCGGAGCUCCUCGAGGAGUACACGCCGGAUCCUGACGCCAAGUCCGAGCCCGACGCAUCCUCCUGCAACGGCCAGGCUGGGUCAGAGACCCGCGUCCUGGUCCCGUACCGGAGCCCCUCCGGCAUGCUGAGAUUCCUCCCCCUGCGGCUACUGCGCAGGAACAGCGUCUUCCCCGGGGCCCACAUCCCCAAAAUCAAACUGGCCAAGGCCCCCUUCCCCCCCGCCGGCCAGGAGAAGCCGCCGCGGGCGCGGAAAAGCAAGAACCUGCUGGAGCUGCCCAAGUGGAAGUACAAGGAGCUGAAGGAGGAGAAGAAGAGAGCGGCUGAGGCAGAGGAGAACCAGAAGGAGACGACGACGAAAACAAAGACGAGCAAAGGGAAGAAGUCAUAG